ACAUCAAUAACUUAUGUGCUAUACACAAAAUACUUUUGUGUUUACAAAAUAUUUGGUGGAGGAAAAUAAAGUUCCAGAGAGAAGAGAGAAAAAAUCUUCCAUGAGGCUGGAACGGAAUGGGGAGGAUUCCAAGUUGUUCCCUUAUCUAGUUUCAACCGACAUUUCAAUGGUUUGAUAAUCAAUUCGCGACUCCAUGGCAAAAUUCUACAUUUAAUGAUGUAACAAUUACAAGUUUCUGUGUAUAAAUAAUUAAAUUGUAUCUUGGUUAUCCUGAGUAUUGUGCAGGGCGGACGAUACAUCUAAUAAUUCAAUGCUUACGUGAUAAAUAAGUGACAUGAAAAACAUUUGCAAGCAAAAAUACAAUGCCAUCUUAGGCAUAGUCCGCUACCUAACUGAAUGUGCUUUUGACCAGAACAAGAAGAGAAAUAAAUAGUUAUAAAAAUGCACUUCGUAUAUUAAAAAUUAUACAUUCUUCACAAACUAUUGGUCGCUAAAGGACACCCUAAAUAAGACGAUAAACUAUACGUAUUCUAAGAAAGGAUUUAAAGUUGGAGACCACAGCACAAUGAAGUUUUUAUUUGAAAUAUUAAGACUAUUUAUUAGAAAGCCGUCUUCGGGCGGAACCCUCAGAGCUUGGAUACUUUCUGCACUCAUGGUACAUGGAGCAGUAGCCGGAAACCCGGACGCAAAACGGUUAUAUGAUGACCUUUUAAGCAACUACAACAAAUUAGUUAGACCUGUUGUUAAUACGACAGAUGUUCUAAAAGUUUGCAUUAAAUUAAAACUUUCACAGCUUAUAGAUGUGAACCUAAAAAAUCAAAUUAUGACCACCAAUCUUUGGGUUGAGCAGUCGUGGUAUGAUUACAAACUUCGUUGGGAGCCAAAAGAAUAUGGAGGAGUUCAUAUGCUGCAUGUUCCUUCAGAUCAUAUAUGGAGACCGGAUAUUGUCCUUUAUAAUAAUGCUGAUGGUAACUUCGAAGUGACUCUUGCAACAAAAGCCACAAUUUACUCAGAAGGAUUAGUUGAAUGGAAGCCACCAGCAAUAUACAAAUCAUCCUGUGAAAUAGAUGUAGAAUAUUUCCCAUUUGAUGAACAGACCUGUGUUCUAAAAUUUGGCAGUUGGACUUAUGAUGGGUUUAAGGUUGAUCUGAGGCACAUGGAUGAACAACAGGGCAGCAACGUUGUUGCUGUGGGUGUGGACCUAUCUGAAUUUUAUAUGUCUGUGGAAUGGGACAUUCUUGAAGUUCCAGCUGUUAGGAAUGAAAAGUUUUAUACUUGUUGCGACGAGCCAUACUUGGACAUCACAUUUAAUAUAACAAUGAGAAGGAAGACGCUUUUUUAUACUGUUAAUAUAAUAAUACCGUGCAUGGGAAUAUCAUUUUUAACCGUAUUAACAUUUUACCUCCCAUCGGAUAGUGGAGAAAAGGUCACACUAUCUAUUUCCAUUCUCAUUAGUCUUCAUGUGUUCUUUCUUUUGGUGGUUGAAAUUAUACCACCAACGUCACUGGUUGUUCCGUUGCUGGGAAAAUACCUCAUAUUUGCCAUGAUACUUGUGUCUAUCAGUAUCUGCGUGACGGUUGUUGUUUUGAACGUUCAUUUUCGUUCACCUCAAACUCAUAAAAUGGCACCCUGGGUUAAGCGCGUCUUUAUUGACUUUUUGCCAGCGUUUUUAUUCAUUAAAAGACCGACGUACAACUUUGAAACAAGUAAAUUACUUUUGAAGGACACACAUGCUUGCUUUUAUCCUUACUAUUCUGCGACAAAUAUUGAUCGACUCGCGUCUUCAGGAUACAACAAUAGUCUGCCAAAGGAAGAUUUAUCGCAAAGCAUUACGGCGAAUGGACCGUUUGGAGGAAGUUGCCAGGUUCAUGGCCCAGUGCCGCCACUCACCCAUUGUAGUUCAGACGAAAUAGCCGCCGUCCCCGAUAUGGAUAUCGGAUCCUUAGGGAUGAAAAGUCCCAUUUUAAACAAUCCAGCAUUUUCUCACUCUAAAUGCCUUCCUAAAAUUCACAAAAGCUGUUUUUGUGUGCGCUUUAUUGCAGAGCAUACAAAAAUGCAAGAGGACUCAACAAAAGUUAAAGAGGAUUGGAAAUACGUUGCAAUGGUGUUGGAUAGACUUUUUUUGUGGAUAUUCACGUUGGCAGUUGUGGUUGGGACCGCCGGAAUAAUUUUACAAGCUCCUACGUUAUAUGACGACCGCAUCCCAAUUAUUGAGCAAAAGGACUUGGACUUCUCGGGAACAUCAGCCGGACGCUGUAGACCUCCGCAAUAACAUUAUUAUAUUGGAAGAAUUUAAUUUUCAACUGAGGUGUAUCAGAUUAGUAUUACAAAAUUUUCUUUAACUGAUAUUUUCUGCAGGAAAACAUGUUAAAAAUUGCAUAUAUAUCGAAGACUUUAAGUAACAAA